ACAAAACAAAUUGUUAUUCUAUUGCGAGAGUGAGUGUAAAAAGACGCGACGCAAGCUUGGAUAGGAUAGAAAGACAUUUUUCACGUUGAGUUUCACUGAAUUUAUGCCUGCUAAGGAUGCAUAUUGAAUGAAUUAUAGGAAUAACGCGGUAGUAUUUGAUUAACAAACAGAUUAUCAGUAAUUGAGUGUUCGUUCUCUGUUUACAUGCUCAAAGUAGUGCAUUGAUAAUUUAAUGUAGUUAUUCUGAAUCUUUGUUAUUUAUGUUUCUUUUAUAUCAUUACAACUGAAGUCUGUUAUUCACCUUUAUUAUGGCUCCGCGAAGGAAGGGAAGAAAGGGACCUCUUCAGUAUGCCCUUGAAGAGUGUGACCGGGGACAGCUGACCACAAUCAUAUCUUCAAAAGGUGAUUUUGAUGAUAAAGCAGGAAUGGAGGUAAUGCAUUGUAUCAGAAGGCAAAAGGAGGUAUUCAAAAAUAACAUUUCUGCUUUACAAGGAGCUAUCUCUCUCGGGCAUUAUAAUAUUUGUAAGCAUUUAGUGGAAGAGGGAGCUAUAUUAAAGUCUGUUUCAAGGAUUCCUCACCCACUGUGUCUGGCUCUACAAAAAGGUCACUAUGAAAUUGCGAAUCUACUCAUACAAGCAGGGGCUGACGUUAAUUUGGCUUUUGACGACAUAUAUCCAAUGGCAUUUGCUUUGGAUGAGAGUAACUGUCCUGUCCAGAUAGUUAAAGAGAUAAUUGCAGCAGGUUUUCCUAAGAAUGGUGUUGUAGAUCGGACGUGCCGGAGAACCACUUUACAUUCAGCAGUGAGACUAAACCAUUAUCAUAUUGUCCAGUAUCUAUUUACUCUUGACAUAGACCCAAAUGUAAAAGACAAAAGAGGUCUUACUGCAAUGCAUUAUGCUGUUCAGAAAAACUAUCCGCCUAUGGUUGAACUGUUAGCAAAAAAUGGUGUCAAACUGGAUUGUGAGUGUCAAGAACAUUUUACACCUAUGUUUUAUUGUAUUGCAAUAGGUAAUUAUGAAAUGGUGAAAUUAUUAAUUUCUCUUGGGGCUGACAUUCAUUAUGUGAAUGGCAGUAAAAAAUGUUCAAUGAUGCCUUUGCAUUUUGCAGCAAAUUUUUGCCAGUUUAAAAUUGCACAGUUGUUGUUAGAAAAAGGUGCAGAUGUAAAUAGAGUAGUUCCUUCCACAGGAGAGAUAGCACUGCAUGCUGCUGCACGAGCUGACAGUCAAAACAAACAACCUAGCAAGAUUGCUCUGGACUGUAUAGUGGAGUUGCUGAUAAAGUAUGGUUCCAAGCUGGACACGAGACACAAGUAUGGUUUGAGUCCAUUACAAGUGGCUAUUAAAGCUAAAAAUAUCAGUAUAGCAAAGAUUUUAAUCAUGAACGGUUCCGAAUUGAAUAAUGGAAUAGAGCAAGAUGAUGCAAGGUGUUACACAACAUUUCAUAUUGCAGCCAAAUGUUUUGAUAAAGAGUUGGUGAAACUUUGUUUUGAUUAUGGAGCCGAUGCAAAUGCAAAAGAUGAGGAAGGCUUGUAUCCUUGCCACCUGGCUCUUUUGACAGCUAUGUUAGAUAUAAUCACUCACAGUGCAGACUGUACUCAGUCACUUGCAUACUGUCAGAACCAAAGUGAACAGUUAGCAAUUUUCAAAUUAUUCUGGAGGCAUAAUUUUCCAUUUGAUUUGACUCUGAGGAUGAAAUGGUUAGAAAAUGAGAAUCCUCCAUUUCCCACAAAAAUUUCAACUCUAAUAGAAAGACAGAAAAUGCUUUUCAGUGGGUUAAAAACCCAACAGGUGAGACUUGUUCAGAAGGCCAUCUCACAAGGUGCUGAAGUGCGAUGUUGCAGUACAGAGAUUCCUCACCCACUCCAUUAUAUUACAGCAAAAGGAAAUGAAAUUAUUAUGAAAAUACUCUUGAGCCGAGGUCUACAGCCGAAUGUCUUGGAUAAACAUGGUGAAACUGCUCUUCAUGUAGCUGCCAGGGAGGGGUUUGUGAACUGUUGCCAGUUGUUACUUGAGUAUGGAGCAGUUUAUAACCAUCGCAGUCCUAAGUGUCCCAAGACGCCUUUGGACUUCGCAAAGGAAAACGGACAUACUGAGGUGGUAACAUUGUUGUCCACGGUUGAAAAAUAUUUUAAACAUCUCAAGAAGAAGAAGUUCAGGAAACUGGAAACAAAUAUGAAAAUUUUUUGUGCCGUAAUGAAUUGUUGUGGUAAUGAUGGGAUGAGUUUGAUGGGAAGAGCUGUUUCUCUUGGCUUGAAAGAUUUUGCAGAACGUUUAAUGAAGCUAAGAUUACAAAUGGCUCCCUCAUCAUAAACAUCAGGAGCCCAAUCGUCAACCUCAUGGUUUCAUAGUAUAUCUUAAUAGAUCUUUUCGUAGCAUAGAUACAUAUUUCUUAUUUGCUAGUUUUAAUAUAUUUUGUUUAUUAGAGGCAUAAUUUCUGGAUUAGAUUUAUUUAUUUUUAAUCUUCAGGGUUUGGGAUGUUUUGAAUUUUGCGUUUUAGUAGACUAUGGGGUUUUAUCAGUAAUUAUUAUUAAUAAAUAAAUAUAUGUUAUCCUACAAAUUUAAAAGUGCAAAUUUUGUGUUACUUUAUGAUUUAGUGAAAUACUUGUACUCAUUGAAGAGUAUUUGGAUUUUUUUAAGGCAUUUUUAACAAUUGUCUUAUUUAAAUUGAAUUCGUAUUGAAAAAAAAUAUUUCUUCAUUCUUUACUAUGUGUUUGCCAUACUAAUUCCAUAUCUAAAUUAUUGUAAACAAAAUAAAUAAUGUCAAAUAAAUAGUAAUAAAUUUUACAUAAUGCCUACAAAGACCACUUGUUAAACUUUUUAUGUGGAUGUGAUCAGAUUUUCUCACAACCCAACAUGUUAAGGGACUAAUUUAUACAACUAGUCUUUGAUGUUAUCAUUCUGUUUUGCCUUAUUUUCUUCAUUUUCAGCAUUGCUGGCUGGCACAGCUUGUACAAACAACAUUGAUGGUGGCCUUAUGAGGAUUAGUAUGUGUAAUAAUAUUAUGGAGUGUUCCAUCCUGAUUUUGGUUUAUUGGAAGUAAUUAUGCUACUUCUUCUUAAACUCUAUUUUUAUGUAUUAGAAAAACCAUUCUAAUUAGGUUUAUAUUAUUACAAGGGACACUCAGAAAGUUUUAAGAUAUAUGAAGAGAUUUUUUGCCGAACUUAACAAACAUUAGGUGUGAUCCAAGUAAUCCCCUUCAGUUUCCAAAAACUUUUGUUGAAGUCGGAUUUUCCAACUAUUCAAAGUACCCAGCUGCUCAACUGUUUUGGAAUGGAUUCAAAAUGUUUACAAAUCAUCAUCAAUUUCAGCUUCCGAAUAAAAGUGACAGUUGCACAAAUUUUUCUUCAUGUUGAAGAAUAUCCAGAUGUCGCACAUAUUGAGAUUAAGUGAAUAAGGGAGAUGAUCCAUUGUUUUGUUGCAUUUUUGGCCUAAAACUCCUACAUUUUUACAGCAGUGUGAGAAGAGUUACUUUCAUGAUGCAAAAUUAAUCACUUUACAUUUAAGUCCUGAAGAACCUUUGGCCAUUGUUCAGUGUACUAACUUGCUACGGCGGUCCUUUUUUUCCCCUCCCUCCAUUUAAUAGUCUUCACCAGUAAUGUACUCCUGAAGAAAACGGCGUACAUUUUUUUCUUGACUGAUCGGUUUUUCUUGAGGGGGUCAGAUAAUGCUGCUAAGAAUAUUUUUUUUUGACCAGGGUUAUUGAUUUUUUUAAUGUAGCAUCAUUUUUUGCAGACAAUAAUCUGUUAGUGCAAGUUAUCACUUGUAUGUUUCUGGCCAUCUUUAAUCGUUAAACCACUUAAAACUUGUGUAUGUGAUAAACAAUCAUCACUGUAUUUAAGAUUUUAUAAGGUUUAAAGAUAUUUGAAGGAUCACUUGCUGUUUUCUCUGGACACUCAUUUUUUCAAAUGCAAAGAGAAAACAUUAAUUGCUUACAAUUUGCACAACGGGCAGAAUGGGUACAGAAGCCAGAUGAAACUCAAUCAUCCAGUAGAGAGAACCAUGUGGCCGUACGAUAUUCAACCUUUUGCAUUGUUUUGUGGCUACAACAAUACUAAUCUGGUUUCUUUCUAGCCAAACUUUAAAACACAUGCACGCACACACAUACACACACACACACACACACAUAUAUAUAUAAAACUAAAAACUGAUGUCAUUACAUAUAUUUUUUACUGAUCAGGAUGUAACACUUCAAAAUUAUAUUUGUGUUUAUUUCAAUCGUCUAUGCCAUUAGUGGAAGCUUAUAUAGUGAGGUUGGUGUAUCUGAGACCUCUUACACAGUGUUGUGACAAGUCACCAGAUCUUGUGGUAGAUCACAGAUCCUUUGGCUUGACCAUAUUCAGAGUUGUUUAUAAUACAGUAAGUUCUUGCUAGUUCGUCUUCUGCAGCCUUGCCCUCCAUUUUGUUCAACCAAGCUUUAGAAAAAUAAGGAAAAAAAUAGAGAUUUUCAUAAAUACAGUAUAUUUAAAGACAAAUACUAGUCCUUCAAGUCGUAAAUAGCUCUUUAUACAACGCAAACUUGAACUCUUUUGGUACUGUAUCACUGUUGCAAAAUAGACAUCACACCUAGAAAACUAACAAUAUCAAAUGUAGUGCUGUACCAUUUAAAUUCGUUUUCAUCUGUAUUCUGUAAUUUUAAUUGUUCUAUCAUGAUAAUAAGCACAUUUAUUCACUAACUCCAUUUAGACUGGGUUUUACAAAAUUCUGCAGGACCAGCCACACCAUUGUGUUGAACUAGCACAAGCUUAUUGUACUAUCAGCAAACAUGUUGGCAUUUAAAUUAUAGUACAAAUAUCACAUGCAAAUGUUUUUACAUGUAUUUUGUUUUUAAUCAUAGUUUUUAUAUUUACUAUGAAGAAAGUUCAUAUAUAGAAAAAAAUCAGGGCCGGAGUUAUUUAAAAUUCACCCUUUGUAUAUAUAUACUUGUAUGUAUAUUAUACAAACUCAUACCAAUUAUUAGUGUCGCAUAACAAAAACUUUAUUUUAACUUUCUUGUCUUCCUUGAUCUAGUAUUUGGAAUAUCAUAUUAGUUCAAAUAGUUUUUGUUUAUUCCUUACAUUCUUAAGAUAGAAAUGUAUAAAAUAAUUUUAAAUCAAUUUUAUAAAGUUUGUUGUAUCUUUGCCCUAAAGCAUUUUCUAAUUAUUGAUGGAUGAUUGGUAUAACUAUCUGAAAUAAAUGUUGAAAAAAUCAAAGGAUCGUGAUUAAUUAUAUCCAUUAUUAUAGUAUCGGCUAUUUUAAACACUUUCCACAAGAUUAAUUGCAAAAUUUAUGCAACUAAACACCAUUAAACGAGUAAUCUAUUGUUCAGGUUUUAGCAUGUGAGGAUUCAGUUUAAAUUCUAUCUAAGAUAGUCAUAAGAAGGUAAAUAUACAAUUUUAAGUGAUUAUUUAUUUGUAUUAAUAUGACUGGUAAAUAAUCAUUUAGUAAGUUAACUGUUGUAGUAAUGUUUCCUAAUCUUAGUGUAGAAAUAUUAGUUUCAGUAUAGACAAUGUUAUACUAGUUAGGUAAACUAGCUAGAAGUUGGAAAGGGCUUUUAGUAGUCUUAGAUUUGUUAAAUAGAAUUACAUUCGUUCAUUAUUGGCAAUAAUUUGAGUAAAGCAACGGAAAAUACACAUUAAGGGAGGUAAAUAUUAGUGGAAUAUAUAUAUCCCAUUGUAUAACAUAGAGCUCUUAGCCUUUUAUGUCAAGUUAAAAGCUAUGCUGUAAAAUCCACAAUUCAAAAUGAAAAUGAUGGUUUUUUUCUGUUGAUAUAUUUUAUGGUUUGUUUCCUCAAAUUUGUAUUAUUUGAACUUUGUUAUAUGUAACUACUGUACUUUUAUGGUACUAACUGGAGAAGUGUUUUGGAGCAGUUAAUUCAGACUAGCAUCUGAGAGUGAUAGAAUAUUAUUGUUUUGGCCCUAUAAGAGUUGCUUAUAAACUUCUGCACAUCUUGUGUUAGUUUCGUUACUCAAAUCAUAGCUUGUAAAUCAUUCCAAAACAUUUCAUCCCCCAAAUCAGAUUUUAAAUUUCUCCACAUGUUGAAAUAGUAGUUUUAUACAGUAACAUUUUUUGAGGACCUACUGCUUAUUCACUCUUUUUAGUUAAAUACAAAAUGUUAUUUAGGACUAAUAUAUUAGUUAUAUUGGUUUUACUUCAGAAUUUGGAUAAAAUGUUGUGGAUUACUGUUUGUUUUAUUCUAUAAAAUUAUUUUUAUUAUCCUCCAAAUUAUACGUUUGUGAAGGCUAUUCAAAUAACAUAAAGGGUUUUGUUAUCUACAGUUAAUAGUGUAGAGGAUUGUCAAAUCAAGUUUAGCAGAUUCAAGUACAGUAAAAAUCUGAUUACCCGAGCUGCUGAGUUAACUGAGGUAGUUAAAGUAAUAACCUUUUAGAUAGUGCAUACAAUUACGCUGAAGAUUGUUUUUUAUGUGCAGGGGUGCAGCAUAGGGGAAACACUAGCGUUGGUCUGUGUCAUUUACAUGGCUCUAUCGGCCGUAGUAAGUUAAUCAUUAAUGGCGGCUUCUUGGUUGUAGCUGAGUAGUAAGUUAAUUUACUUAUUAUCCAAUAAAGACAUCGAAGAGUAGCGUGAUAAUCCACAUUGGCAGAUGAGGAUAUUACACAUAUGGUUAAAUGCCAACAAAUGAAGAAAAAUAUAGAAUCACUCCUAAAAUUUCACAUUCUGAAGAGCUGAAGUUGAAAACGUUGCAAGCAGCUAUAGCAUCUAACAGUAAGAAGAGGAGAUAGCCCAAGACCAAAUGUUUAUUGAGCAUUUGCGCAGCAGUACAUUGUCCCCAACAUUCCCAUACAAUUGUCAUUUCACUUUAGCUAUGGAAACAAAAUUUUUGCUUUUAUUUUGGGUGACUUGUAUACAGAACCAAUAUUAAUGCUGUGAGUUUUGAAUUUAUUAUUUCAAAUAUUUUGAUAGUUUAACCCUCUAACUGGCAACUGUCAUAAAAACGGUAGUAGGCUACUUGCGUACUGGCACUGCUGUAUAUACGGCAGUAAACAGACAUUUCUAAAAUCCUGUAUUAUUUGCGUAUAUUCGAAGUUUCGGUUUAAAGCCGAAUAUCAAUCCAUGGCAGAAUAAUCUAGCUUUCGAUUGAGGUGUAUUAUUACUGAAUAAAUCAAACUUUAUUCCUCUUUGUAUGGCUAGAAGAAACGUCUUGUGCAAGCAACUGGUUUGACUGACCAGCUAACCGGGCCGACUGUCUUAUUAGUUACGUCUUCUGCCGUGUUUUGGUGUCUUGUCUAAUUGAUUUAUUUUUAGUUUGUAUUUUGUUUUGGUUAUUAGUUGUAUGGCUGAAGUCACGCUUAAUUUUAUAAAUAAAUCUAGUGAUUUGAUAGAACUAUUGGCUGAAUUAGAACCCGCAUCCUUAUCAGGGUAGUUCAAGGUAAAACGGUUUUGAAUAAAAAAACUAUAGCGACAAUAAUAAACGAGUAUUAUUAUUCAUGUAGUUUUCCCGAAAACAGUGAUGCAUAAUAAGUCAUACGGAGGCUGAAUUUCGGUGUUAAAGUAAUUAUACAAAAUGCUAAAAAUACAAUGUUAGUGGAUUUUGCGCUACAGUUCAAAAAUUGCUAAGAAAGUAAUGAUUUAAAGUAAAAGAGCUGAAAUUAUAUAUAUAUUUAGUAAGUAUAAAAUUGUGAUUUUUAUAAUUUUGAAUUUAUAUAACCUUUCACACAUACAUGAUGAUAUAGUGCAGAGUUAUAAAGAAAUUCUUAUCAAAAAUAUUUGAAACACUGAAAUUUUUUGAAAGUAAGAAAAUAUUAACGAAGAUAAUUUGUUAUUAUUAUUUGGAAUAUUUUGAAAACAAUGAUAUAUAAUAAACCACGUAUAUGUUGGAGUUCCAGUGUUGUAAAGCCUCUAAAACUAUAUAUAUGUACUAUACAAAAGAAUAUUUUUAUAGUAUAUGUAUAUAUAUACUAUAAAAAUCCAAUCUAUACAAAAGAAGCACGAUUUUAUCCUUACCCAAUAUAUAUAUAUAUAUAUAUAUAUAUAUAUAUAUAUAUAUAUAUAUAAAUCUUUCAUACAUAUGUGGUAAGAUAGUGCAAAGUUAUAAAGUAUUGAAAAAAUUUAUAUCUAGCGUAUUCAAACAGAAAUCUUUUUUAACAAUAAAAUGUUAAUUAAUAUGACUUAUUGUUAUUUGGAAUAUUCUGAAAACAAUGAUAAAUAAUAAGUUGUACAUCUGAAGAAUUUUGGGUGGUAUAUAACAGUUUAAUGUAAUUCUUACAAACUGCUAGAAAUAGGGUGCCAGUACAGGAGCAGACACCGCCAGCUCGAGGGUUAAAAUGAGAAGAAAAACAUGAUUAUCUUUCGUUAGUAUGCUAACCUUUUCUAGAUAUAUUACUUUUAAUUAUAAAUACAGCUUUAUUGCAAUUGUGAAAUGUUUAUAGUUAUGUGACUAGCAUCAUUAAACUAGAAAAUGUAAAUUGAGUGUAAAAUAUAACUUUAAAAAUUAAUAUUGACCAACUCUCUAGUUUUUAUAACUUUUUAAGUUGAUUUAAAACCUGUAUAAAACAUAAAUCUUGUAAGUAAAAUAAAAUGAAAUAAGAAAAAUGUGGUAUAGAUCGUAGUAAAUGUUUUAUUUAUUAAUUGAAGUAGCUAAAACGUUUACCUAACUAAAUUACUAUAAACAAUUACUACUUAUUUCUAUUAACUGUAAACUAUUAAAAAACCAUUUAAUUUGCAAUGAGAUUUAUAAAAUAUUAGUGUGCUGUGUUCACUAAGGUUAUUAGUAUGGUUGUAUGAGUAAAUUAGGGGAUGAGGCCGUUAUAGUGUACUCGUUCUAUGGUUGUUACAUUUUAGUGAAAAAAACAGAUGUUACAGAGAAUUAUUUAUAAUUAUAGCAGUGCUUUAUUGGUUAUUAUAAUUACGUGCUUGUAACAAAUUUGACUUAUUUUUAACUACACACAUUUGUGUUUUCGUAUACUAAUAUAAUUUUCUUACGUUUGAAGAAGACUAUUAAAAACUUUCAUUUCAAUUCAGCCCCCAUUUUUCGUGAGGUAUUUCUGAUAAAUGCCCAUCAUAAACAACUCAUUUAGUCUUUCCUCUGCCACUAUGCUUCUGAGCUAGGUCUUUACCCAUCAAAGGGUAUUGAACCAGCAACACAAGCAGAUUUAUCUAUAUUACAGAUGUGUAGCCUCGAAAAGUGUUUGAUAUAAAUAUAAAAUAAUAAACCUUUUAACACUUGCUAAAAACUAGUUGAAUUCGAAAUGUACAUAGUACAAUAAAAUAUAUAACAAGUGUUAAAAGGUUUAUUAUUGUAUAUACAUUUUUGGCUUUUACAGAUUUAAUUUAAUUUAAUAGUAAAUAUAAUAGUUUUUAUCUGGAUUUUUGUGACGCUGUAGCUUAUAAGCUACAAUCUAUGGUUGUGUUAAAAUUUCGAUUCAAUAAACGAUUAAAUAAUAUUUUUCUUAAAUAUGCCUAAUUUCUCUUCCAAAUUACCAUACGACUUAAUAUUACAUAAUAAUGCUCUGACUUACAAAGUAAUAUACCUUAAGAUUCCUCCCUCUCGCACACAUAGUCUUAUAUUUGUAAAUAAAUUGUCACUCAUGACGUUGCUUUCUGAAUUUUUUCUAAAUAUCGCUAAUUAACAGAAUUAAUUAAAAUCAUAUCAAUAACUUAUUUUUCUUCAGUUAAUUAUUUCAAUUAAUAUGUUUACAAAAUUAAUCAACGCACUGUUCAAAUUUGAGUCUACGCACAGUUCAUUAAAGCCAUGGAGGCUCUUUCCCUUUAAGUUCUUAAUAAACAGUAAUUAGAUAGCAAAGCAAAACUAAUAAUAAAUGCUGUUUUUAUUUGUCUUUAAUGUUAAUGGGCUUUCUUAAUUUCGAUGCAUUAUUCAUCCUUUUCAGAUAUAAGUUUUUUAUUAUUUUGUAUGAAACAAUUUGUAUCAUAUAUACCAUAAUUUGUUAUUUUUCCUCUUCAAUAUAUGAUAUUUACUGUUGUAUGUACAGUUAUAGAUUUUUGUGAAAAUAAAAGCUGUUUUAAUUUGAUUUGACAUUGGUUUAUUUGGUUGUUUUAGCAGGACAAAAUACGUUUUUGGAAUAUUAAGGAAGGUAAAAUGUUAUUAUUUUAAUACACAGUUAGUCAAGUAUAUAUUCUGUGUCAGUUUUAUUGUACAGGAAUUGCUUAUUGGGUGUCCUUACCGAUAGAAAAUUUACUGAUAGUCUAAUUAAGUGUAUUCACUGACCAUUAACAGUGCAAGUUUAAUGCAAUUUAAUGCAAUCAAGAAAACUCAACGGAUCAUGUUUCUCUAUAUAAUUAAAACAACGCUAUUUUAUGUAAAGCCAUAAUUAAAUUACGUAUUUAAUUUAAUAGCUCAAUGAAAAUGGAGUGUUUUUUCUAAGUUUAAUUAUCUAUAAAUAAAAAUAAGGUAUAAUUUUGUUUACUUCCUGCUGUUUCCCGACAAACAAAUUAGGUUUGUGAUUUAGACAAAACAGUUCGUUGUUAGAGUAACAUUAAAUAUGUAUUUAAACAUAAUAAAUUGAAUAGCAUUAAAUAUGUAUUGAAAUUAUAAUAAAUUUAAUGUUUCAUAUUUAAUUUAAUAAUAAAAUUUCAAAAUUAUAUUUUAUGGAAUCAAACUAAUGAAGCAUGAAUAUGACAUUUUCUUAUUGUCAUUUAUUACAAACCUAAAUAUUUUUUCAGUACAUAUGCCCUUACAUGCAAAACAAUUGUAAUUUAUAUUUCAGGCCUACCUACAGAUAGCAUAGUCAUAUAUUUAAUGUUUAACGAAUUUGUCUUAAAGUUUAUUGUUCUAUCACAUAUUUGUUUAUUAAAAUUUAUUCAUGUGACAAUCAGGUGCAUUUCUUGUAAAACAGCUUAUCUAUGAUGUCAUAUAAAAGAAUUAUUGUCUGAAAUUACUGUACGAUUGUGGUUGUUGUUUAUUAUCUAAAGUCUCUUUUAUAUAGUUUUGUAAUAUAUAUUGUGAAUAUUUUAAGCCUUUUGGUAAAUAAAGCAGUUUAUUAUUGUUAA